AUGUCACAUGUUAAAUGGGAAACGGACAAAUGCAAGCACCUGGUUAAAAGGAAAAGGGUGGUUGACAGAAGUGUUGCGGAGGAGCGGCACUUUUUGCGUCGAAAUGGGGUGACAACGGAAUUGCGACCGAAAGCUAGGCGUGGUGUGGUGGUGGCCUUCAACGUGGCUUUGCAUCUUUGUCGGAGGCUUACGGUUCACAGGGUUGAGUGUACCGCGGCUCGGUGUCUGCGAACGACGGAGGAGCUUGCAGAUCUUCUUCAAUAUGAGACAACCUGUGUGACCGUUGCGACAUUGAACAAAUUUGAGGCUGGUCAGGCGGGGUGGUAUUACGAUGGUUGUGGUGUCUGUACUAAAAGUGUGUCUCUGAAGAAAGGAAAUUUGAAGUGUUAUGCGAAUCAUAUAACGACAGAAACCGUACCGAGAUACAAACUUGAGAUUAUGGGAAUUGAUGGGAAAUUCAAGGCCCGAUUCAUCUUUUGGGACAACGACUGUGUGAAAUUAAUCGGAAAGUCUGCUUUGCAAAUUAAUACUGAAUUGAUAGAGGAAGGUGAAGACAAUCCUUGGGAAUUCCCAUAUGAACUUGAUGCUUUAUUGAAAAAGGAAUUAGCUAUUAGAGCUGUUUUUCAGCCAAAGUUUGGAAGACUCUCAGUUAUUGGGUUCAAAGACGAUGAAGAAACACGUAAGAAAAUACGGGACAAUUUCAAAUCUGAAGAGGUAGCAUCGAAGCUUGGCGUAUCGGAGCCUUCCUCGCAAGAGGAUUUGAGGAUUUUUUCUGAACCAUUUGAAGGAAAAUUGCGAUCAAAAUGCAGCGGAAUAUAA